AAAGAUAGCACUGGUUUUCUAAUAGCUCGUUUCGAUAAACAGUAUUUUUUCAUAUCAAACAUCAUUCAUAGAUUUGCGUGGACUAUGCAUAGUAACUACUGCAUUUGUAGACUGUCCAGAUUUUUUAUAGAAAUCAUUUAUUAAAAUGCCGUGGAUAAUUUUAAUAGUGCUUUUAAGUGUGGCUUCAACUGGUAUAUCGAUCAACAGGCCCGUGUACAAGAUAGUACUCAAACAGAAAGGAUAUGCGCAGUUCUUGCAAUACGACAUCGAGACACCGCCUCUCAGAGAAUUCACGAUCUGCACCUGGAUACGCGUUUACGACCUGAGUGGGGAUCAGAGCAUAUUCACAUACGUCGCGAAUGGCAACAAUCGUGUUGUAAGGCUGUGGCUGGACUCGGGAGGGAAGCACAUUAACGUCUCAAUCAACGGCAAAGUGACGUCGAGCUCGGAAGUGGACAUUCAGAAAGAUGUUUGGCGUCACGUGUGCUUGUCCUACCAGUCGGACUUCGGAGCGUGGGCACUGUACGUCGACUCCCGCCUCCUCUCAUGCCAGGCCUCACAGAGCCUCCUUGGUUUUGUGCUGCCAGGGGGUGGUAGUGUCAUUAUAGGAUACGGAACCGCAGAUGGAGGCUCUCAAAACGGUUUCGAAGGUGAAAUAUUUGGAACAAACAUGAUAUUAGCGUCAACCAUAGAAAGAAACUACACAAUUCGAAACGAUCCCCUUUACGAACAAAAACGUUUUCAGAAAAAUAAAAUGAAAACUGGAAACUCACAUAUGAACUAUAUUAUUUUAAAUGAUUUACAAACUGGAGAGCUAAAAAAUAACUUUGAGACAACCCAGCCGACAACAACCGAAUCAAAAAGUUUUAUAAAAUUCCGAACACCGCACAGCUUUAUUGAACAUGCCGUUGGUUUAGAAGUAUCGUCACCAAAACCUGUAUCGGACAUAGCUGACAAAGACUAUUUAGGAUUUUCAGUUGCUGAUAAAACUGAACAACCCGAUGGUCUGAGCUUUUGGAACUUGAAUAAUUACGAACACACUGGUAGAUACAACAUCGCAGAUAAAAAUAAGAGUUUGAAUAAUAUUCCUGACACCAGUACCCCUACAUCGUUGACUGAAUUUGAAACACCACCACCACCUGUUCCUAAAUACACAUUCUUAGAGAAAACUUUGGAAGCAGAAAAAGCUGUCCCAGAUGUUAGUUUCAAAUUUAGAGCACCAACUACUGAACCAGGCAAAUAUUCAUUACACAAAAAGUUUGGGUAUGAAAUAUCCGAAAUAGAAACACCCCCACCAUUGGUCGAGAAAAAUACUAAAGUUUACGGUCAAUGGACAAGUUCGAAAUUUGCGGGAAAUGUACUAAAUUACCUUAAAAAUAUUAACUUUCGUUCUAGAGAGCAGAAAAAGAUUCCCCAAACCAUCCCACUAAGUAAAAUAUCCGAUAGUUUUCCUUACGCUUCUGAUUUCAAAAUAACUAAAAUUCGACCUGCAUUUCAAUUUCAAAGAAGAAACUUGGUAGAAAAACAGUUUGAAACUAGUAAAAGGAGUCCCCAAAUUAAUGUACAAAUACUAGAGGAUGAUUUAAGAAACCACAUUUUGAAAACUCACGCGCAAACUCAGCCUGUAAAUGUUGAAAUAACCAACAGAGGUGUCAGAAAGAAAAAACACGAAAACAGAUUUUAUAGGAACGUUGACGCUGUGGAAAAUAGCAAUAGUUUUGAAAGCUCCGAACCUGUUCGUACUAGUAAGCCGUUAGUUCCGACCGUUCGUAAAACAAAACCAAAAAAUUCGGCAGAUUUAACAUUGCAAACAAAUAAUCUGCUCUCUAUACUACCAUUUUUGAAGUCAUUAGAGUAUUUUGUAGAAAAUUCGCAAUUUAGUGACACUCAAAAGGAAAAAGCCAAUAGUGACAUGUAUACUAGAAGCCUGUCAGCUCGUAAUAAAUGGCAUAAUGUUAAAUCUUAUAGUAAUGACUAUACACCACGUGAAAUUAAAAUUGACCCAGAAAGUGGACAGAGUGUAAUCGAAGGAAAAAUUGCUGGAUUAAACAAAAAGCACCCAAGUGUGCGACUAAACUAUAAACAUGAAAAUCGUAACAUUAUGCCAUUUAAUAAAGAAGAUCCAUCUAUGGCACAAGCUCGGGCAAUAGCUAUGGAGGUAUCCAAUCAAUCAGAUUAUAACAAAGAUUCGAUAUCUAUUCUGAAAUAUAAUCAUGGAUUUUUACCUGGACAUAACAAAAAAAUCAAAAUGGAGGAAAAGCGAAUUGGUUCAACGAAGACUAAAAAUCAUUCCAAUCGGAAAAAUAAUUUUAAUAAAAACAUAAAGAUUGGUAACGCAUUAAACGAAAAACACGCAAUAGGCGUGAACGCAGAGCAGAACAAACAAAGUUUUGUUGGCGGAAACGCAAACAUACCUGAUAUUAAUAAAUACAGAUCGGAUAUAGAUAACGACAACAGUGAGGUACCUCCGUCUCUGGCUCCAAGAAUAUGUAAAAAUGUGGAACUGUAUGAUCGUGUGUUAUAUGUUCAGCCAGACGAGAGUAUCGACAUGACACACAUAUUAUCACCCGUUAGACUGAAGAAUAUCGGUAUAGAGUUUAUUAUGCAGAAUUACAAAAAGUGUUCCCUGCAGGAAUCUGAAUUACAAAACAACCCAAUGCUGUUUAUAGAUUGGAGUAAAACACCGGUUAGACUUUUUGGUGGCUCUUUUCCCAAAACGACAACUGAUCUUUGUGGUUUCUUUUAAAGUGUUACAUUAAAAUUUAUUAUGUUUAUUA